ACUGGGUUAAUAGGAUUCUCUUUUGAUGACCCUAACCCUAACCCUAACCUCAUGAUUACUCGGAUUGAUAUUCGUGACGAUUAUGACUGUUAUUCAUGAUUCAUAUUUAUGAUUCAUGAUGAUGACAGUUACGUACGAUGGUUAGGGUUCGGAUUCUUGAUUCUUAUGAUUGUUAUGGUAUUCAUAUGGCUGUUAUUCGUGAUUGUGAUUGAUGAAGAUCAUGACUGUUAUUCUUAUUCUUCUUGUGAUUACGACUGCGAUGAAGGGGAAAUGGUGCGCGCGCGCGCGCGCGCGUGCGUGUGCCGGCGGGACAUCGGGCAACGGGUCAGAUCGAUCAUCUUAGUCUGGGUCAUUGGCAAGGACUGACAGGAUGAUGCUGAAUGACAGCUGGACCGUGAUGAACAACAGCAGCUCGGAGCUGGACGCCAAACGCACAAACAAGCGCAAGAAAUGCUGCGGCUUCCUUUUGUGGGCGGUGCCGCUGGUCGCCGUGGUAGCGGUCGUCACAGCGACGCUCACCCUGGUCUACGUGAAACGCUACCCUCUGCCCUUCAUCAACAGAGACCAAGCGUCCUCGUCUUCUCCCGUCAUCUCCAUCGAUCCCAAAGAGUCGGGCGCCAUGGUGACGGUGUCGCAGGCGGGCGACGGCGAACCCGCCAGCGUCUUCCUGGACACCGACUGCCCGGACCCCGCCCGCAACUUUGAGCGCUGGGAGGCGCUGCGCAACUCGCUCGUACGAGCGCUGAGCACGCGCCACGCCGAAGACCGGCAGGAGGCGAGACGCGCACGCACGCUGGCCGACGAGGUUGAGGCCGCGGUGGGACAUGCGGGUGACCUCGCACGCCAAGCGCAGGCCCUGAAAAGCGGCCAAGGGAUUCUGGAACAGAGACUGGAAAGCCUGCAGAACCAGCAGAACCGCAUCGCUCAGGUAUUGUCGGACGAGCAAGCGGGGGUCCUCAAACUCAGUUCAGCUUUGACUGAUUCUCUGUCCAGCCUGCAGAGGGAGACAGAGAGUCUGAGCAGACUUCACAGAGAUAAACACACAGCUCUCACGCCCAGAGACUGCAGUGAGGUCAUGGCGGCAGGAAAUUCCCGAGAUGGAGUUUAUUCCAUCUUCCCGGUCCACGAGCCCGACGGCUUCAUGGUCUUCUGCGACUUGAGCACGGACGCGGGAGGCUGGACCGUGAUCCAGAGAAGACAGGACGGCUCUGUAAAUUUCUUUCGCGGUUGGGCCGCAUAUCGAGACGGCUUUGGAACAACAACAGGAGAGCACUGGCUAGGCCUGCAGAGGAUUUCCGCUCUGACACGGUCAGGCGGUUACGAGUUGCGAAUCGACAUGGCCGACUUUGAAAAUGCGACAGCCUUCGCGCAUUACGCUGAAUUCUCCGUGGGCCGAGACUCGGUCAACCCCGAAGAGGACGGAUACCCGCUCACGGUGGACCGCUACUCAGGAACCGCAGGUGAUUCGCUCCUGAAGCAUUCUGGGAUGCAGUUCACCACCAAAGACCGCGACCAGGACCAGUCGGAGAACAACUGCGCUACGUACUACCAGGGCGCCUGGUGGUACCGCAACUGUCAUACGUCCAACCUGAACGGGCAGUACCUAGGCGGAGGCCACGCAUCUUACGCCGACGGCGUGGAGUGGUCCAGUUGGACUGGCUGGCAGUAUUCUCUGAGAUUCACCGAAAUGAAGAUCCGGCCCAGGCCCAAACCCAACUGACCGUCCAUCCCUUGCAGGAAACAUACAAUGGCUCAGAUAAAUCAAAUGUUGCAAUAUUAACAUCAUCAAAUGCAUUUUUUCAGCUUUAAAAUAUGACAGCAGUCCAAUUGCUGCCCUUCAUUUCCACCACGUUAAGUCAUUCAGUGAACUCAUCUUUUGUUCAGUUAGCCGCAAGCACGUUAUUUACUGCAUGUAAAAAUGUUUAGGGAUUGCUCUAUAGACAACGACAUAAAAUUACAUUAAUAUGUUAACUGUAGGACUUAUGGAUUUAUCAUUAAAUACUUUUUGAUUAAAA